AUGGACCAACAGAACUUUACAAUGCCUACUGAGUUCAUUCUUACGGGAGUCACAAGGCGGCCAGAGUUGCAGCUCCCCCUUUUUGGGGUCUUCCUUCUCAUCUACACAGUCACAGUGGUAGGAAACCUGGGCAUGAUCAUUCUAACCAAGCUGGACUCUCACCUACACACACCUAUGUAUUUCUUCAUCAGACACCUGGCCUUCAUCGACCUUGGCAAUUCCACUGUCAUUUGUCCCAAGAUGUUGGUGAAUUUUGUGGUGGACCAGAAUACCAUUUCCUAUUAUGCUUGUGCCACACAGCUGGCACUCUUCCUGAUGUUUAUUAUCAGUGAAUUUUUCAUCUUGUCCUCUAUGGCCUAUGACCGCUAUGUGGCCAUCUGUAACCCUCUGCUCUACAAUGUCAUCAUGUCUCAGAGGCUCUGUCAUGUGCUGGUGGGCCUCCCAUACCUCUACAGUGCCUUUCAAGCUUUGUUGUUUACUAUUAAGAUUUUUUCUUUGACCUUCUGUGGGUCUAAUAUCAUUAGUCAUUUCUACUGUGAUGAUAUUCCUCUGUUGCCUAUGCUGUGCUCAAAUGCACAGGAAAUACAAUUCUUGAUCAUAGCAUUUUCAUCAUUUAACCUGACCUCCUCCCUCUUCAUAGUCCUAAUAUCUUACAUUCUGAUUCUUUUAGCUGUAAGUAGAAUGAAAUCUACAGAAGGAAGGAAAAAAGUUUUCUCCACAUGUGGCUCUCAUCUAACAGUGGUGAUGGUAUUCUAUGGGACUCUGUUUUUCAUGUACUUACAACCCAAAUCAACUGACACUUUUGAGACUGAUAAAAUAGCUUCUGUGUUUUACACAUUGGUGAUCCCAAUGCUGAACCCUUUGAUCUAUAGCUUAAGGAACAAGGAGGUUAAAAAUGCCUUCCACAGAAUCUUUAAGAAUUUGUGUAAGUGA